AUCAAGAUGAGAACUAUAGCAACCUCAACACUCGGCUUAAUAUUGUUUGCCAUGGCAACUAGGGCACAGGAGUCUAACUCGACUUGUUUCUCACUAAAAGGUUCAACAACUUGCCCAGCGUUUCAAAACUUCUAUAUCAGUCUUACAGGCAAUGAAAGUCGAUACCCUUUUCUAGCCAACGUAACAGACAUAUCUUCAUUUGAUACUGCACUUACCGAGUACGUAAACUCGGCCAACCUUUAUCUAUCACCUCUGGGAUGCACCAAUAGAGCCAUCGUUCCGACGACAAUACCCUACGCACGCUAUUCUUUCAGCUACAUGUGUGCUACUCUUAUUCAAGACAGCCUCUAUUCUUUACCGUGUAAUUAUCAACACAAUCUAUCGCCACCUCCUCUUUGCCAAUCAACUUGCCUUGAUUACAUGGCAAGCGUUGAAAGCAUCACAAACAACAUAGACAUGUGUCCCAAUCAAAUAGAACAAGAUAGCCAGUUUGAGAAUCUAAAUUCAUCUUGUAUCUAUUGGAGUGGAUUGAAUGGUACAUAUAAUUGCAUUAUUGGCUUAGCUAAUGAGCCCGACAAUUGUGGA